AUGCGCCGGGGACUCCUCGUCGUCGUCGUCGUCGCCGCCGCCGCCGCCGCCGCCUCCCUCCACCAGCCUCGGCCUCCGGUUCCGCCCGACCAGAACCGCCCGCUCGGCGCCGCCCACGCCUCCGACCCCCCGGACAAUCACAAGCACCACCGGUUUCUCAACCACCAGACCAAGAAAUACGCCCUCAAUGGAACGGCCAUCCCCGACGUCGACUUCGACAUUGGCGAGGCCUACGCCGGCCUCAUGUCCAUCUCCAAGGACCCCGACGGCCCGGACAAGUUCUUCUUCUGGUUCCAGCCGUCGACGAAUCCCGCUGCCGACCGGGAGAUUCUCAUCUGGCUCAACGGCGGGCCCGGCUGCUCGUCUCUCGAAGGACUGCUGCAGGAAAACGGCCCGUUUGCGUGGCAGUACGGCACCUUCAGGCCCGUCGCCAACCCGUGGGCGUGGCACCGCCUCACCCACGUCCUCUGGGUUGAGCAGCCCCUCGGCACCGGCUUCUCGACCGGCAACGUGACGGCCCGGGGCGAGGAGGACCUGGCUCGCCAGUUCAUGGGCUUCUUUGCCAACUUUGUCGACGCCUUUGGCCUGCACGGCUACAAGGUGUACAUUACCGGCGAGUCGUACGCAGGCAUGUACUGCCCCUACAUCGCGGACGCCAUGCUCGCCGCCAAAGACGCCACGUACUUCAACGUCAAGGGCAUGCUGCUCUACGACCCCGCCAUCAUCGACGCCCGCGUCACCGAAAUGACCGUCGCCCCCUUCGUCGAGCACAACCGCAACCUGUUCCCGCUCAACGACUCCUUCGUGGCCUACAUGCGCGACGCCGACCGCCGGUGCGGCUACGCCGCCGCCCGCGACACGUACCUCGCCUUCCCGCCCGCAGGCCCCCUGCCCGCCACCCUGCCCGGCCUCGACCCCGCGACCGGCCUGCCCCUCCCCGGCUGCGGCGACUACGAGCUCUGGUCCGACGUCCGGGACGCAGCCACCCAGGCCAACCCCUGCUUCGACGUCUACCAGGUCGCCACCACGUGCCCCCUGCUGUGGGACGUGCUCGGCUUCCCCGGCACCUUCGGCUACCUGCCCAAGGGCGCCUCCGUCUACUUCAACCGCCCGGACGUCAAGAAGGCCAUCCACGCCCCCGUCGCCAAGGACUGGGCCACCUGCGCCCCGGCGCCCGUCUUCGUCAACUCCUCCGACCAGGCCGACUGGUCCAGCCUCGGCCCGCUGCCCCGCGUCAUCGACCGCACCGGCAACGUCGUCAUCGCCCACGGCGCCCUCGACUUCUUCUUCCUGACCAACGGCACCCUCCUGGCCAUCCAGAACAUGACGUUUGGCGGCCGCCGCGGCUUCCAGACGCCGCCCACCGAGCCCUUCUACGUGCCCUACCACCGCGCCGGCCCGCCGGGCUCCCUCGCCGGAGCCGGCGUCUUGGGCACCACCCACUCCGAGCGCGGGCUGACCUACGUGGCCGUCGCCCUGGCCGGGCACAUGGUCCCGCAGUACGCGCCGUCCGCCGCCUUUCGCCACGUCGAGUACCUGCUCGGCCGGGUGGGCUCCCUCAGCAGCAAGGCGCCCUUUACCACCGAUCCUGGAAUCCCGCAGCCGGACGGGCCUCUGGGCAAAGGGACCGGGCCCCCCGUGGCAUUGAUUCGGCGGGGGUGGGGGGUGGAAUCAAGCUCUGUUGCUGAAGCUGAAGCGCACGGGGGAAAAGGAGGCAUAUGA